AUGGCAGAAGACGCACCAGUCGCCGAUACACCCCAGUUCGCAUUCAAGAAGCGCAAGGGAAAAGCCAACCUCCGCAAAAAACCCGCAACGCCACCACCGGCCUCAGACUCCGGCUCUGACUUCAAUUCAUCCGAUGACGAGGAGGGUCGCCGGAUCAAAAGACGGCGCACCAAUGUAGCCGUUACGGCGUCAUCCGCAUCGAAUGUGAUCAGGCGCCCCGAUGAAGUGAAGACUGCGGCUCCUGCCCCGUUGACCACCAGCAACGAUGCGACAAAAUCCGCAGAAUGGUACGACGAAAACCUCAACGAGAAAGACUUGCUUGGCACCACCCGGGCAAAGCCUGCCGUAUCAGAUGCAGGUGUAGAUGGAAAAUACAAGGGUGCGGCCAACUAUCAAUCGUUUAUCCAGAAGAAUCCCGAUGCGCCGUCAAAGUUCGGCCCUAUAAAAGCACCGACAAACGUUCGCACGGUCACGGUCACAGAUUUUGCGCCUGACGUGUGUAAGGAUUGGAAGCAAACGGGUUAUUGUGGCUUUGGUGAUUCCUGUAAAUUCUUACACAGUCGUGAAAGUUACAAGCAAGGCUGGGAGUUGGAUCGUGACUGGGAAAUCAAUACUAAGGGCAAAACAUUGAAUGGACGGGUGGUCUCUCAGCGCAAAGGCGCGGGUAAAGCCACGGAAGAGGAGGAGGACGAUGACGAGGAUGAAUUGCUGGAAAGCAUUCCUUUUGCCUGCAUCAUUUGCAAAAAUCCUUACCGAGAGCCCAUCAUCACCAAAUGUGGGCAUUACUUCUGUGAAUCCUGUGCGCUGCAGCGAUAUCGCAAGUCUCCUACCUGUGCUGCCUGUGGCGAGGGGACUGGCGGUGUUUUCAACGUCGCCAAGAAGCUGAACGCGCUGUUGAAUAAGAAGCGAGAGCGGGCUCGUAAAGUUCGCGAGGAGGCAAUUGCAAAUGGGGAGGAAGUUAGUGAUGAAGAUGAUGAGUAG